AUCCGAGCCCUUCUCGUGGAUCAACCUCUUCUGCGUUCUGCAGAGCGCCUGCUGUACCUCGGUGGCCGUCUGUGCUUGGUGCUGCGAUGGCGCACGUCGGAGGACUGCCUCCCCUGAUGGGGCCGCCCGCGGUGCCCCCGCCAGGACCGGGGCCAGCUCCUCCUGCGGCGCCCCCGUUGCAGAUGCGCCUGGACGGGUGGCCACAGCCGACAAGUGCGGGGCUGUGCAGUUGGCGACGCCUGCUGGUCGAGUUCGUGGGGGAGGCGUUCUUACACGAACGUUUGGUGAUCAAAGCACACCCGAACGGCGGCUCAGCCUGGAUUGCGACGCCUGAUCAGGAUGAGUACGAGGAGGACUACCGCAAUGAUCCCGACAUCGUGGGGGUCACCUUCCUGGAUGAUGCGGGGCGCCCUCCAGCGCCGCCUCACUUGCCCGUGUACGCCUUUCGGGCUGCCCCGACUCAGGCGGUCUUGCAGGCAGCGCUCGGCAACGCGGAGGUGCAGACUCAGCUGUUGGGCUGGGGCCAGCCUGUCGCGGCGCCGCAGGUCCAGGCGGGCGCGAUCGGCGUCCCAGGCGCGGGGAAGUGGCUCCUGGCGGAGCCGUACGGCAACAUGAAGAUCGGGGACGAGGCGCCGAUUGCUCCCACGGGCCCGCUCACGAGCGUGAAGGCGGUGUCGGCCUGCACGCUGCCGUCGGGGAACACCGCGGCCGUCUUCGUGGAGUGGGUGCCGACGCAGAAGGUUGGCAGCUUCAGGGAUGACAAGAUCGAUCUCUACGCGCCGGAGGUGAGUGAUUGUCGCAUUAUGAAGCCCCGUUUCGAGCAUGGCGUUCGCAGUCGUACCUUCAACGACGGUGUGUUGGAGUUGUUCGAGGAGCCUGACCUCGAUGGCUUCCCGAAGGGUCCUCGCAUCACGCUGGGCACCGCACAGGCUCUGAGGUCUCAGGGGCUGACCUGGCAGACCCAGGCUCGUGAGUGGCCCGUCGCGGCUCGCAUUCCUCCUGGGGGCAGGUCGGUGCACGAGUACAAGCUGAUCUGCGAGGUUCUGAAUGCGUUGCAGUGCAUCGAUCAGUGUAACCUGCCGAACCUGGUAGGGGCCGAGCUCCUGGUGAGGCGCAAGAGCGUGCUGGAGGAGGCGCACGCCUCGUCUCCCAGCAACCCGGACUACGGCGCAGCCGACAUCAUGAUGGGCUGGGCUGAGACGAGGGGCACGGGGAGCACUCCUGAGUCACUCAUGAGCUACACCGCUAACAGGCUGAAGGACAAGGCAGCGAUCUUGAAGGAGAAGAGGAAGGCAGUCGAUGAGUCCAGGCUCGGGGGAAAAGGUCAGCCCUCGAAGGACAAGGACAAGGGCACCAAGCAUCGCUGCAGGAGGCUGCAGCAGCGCUUCGACCGCAGGAAGGCAGUUCUGAGCCGCGCCGUCGACUCCGUCAAGGCGCUGAAUUGGUUGCAUGGUGGGCGCCAGCCUCCAAGUUUUUCGAGCCCGACCCUGUCGCAGGCUACGGCUCUUCAACACCUUCUGGGCGCCCAUCGGACUGACGUCCCGGAGAUCGUUAAUGCCGAGGCAGCCCGCGUGGAGUUGCUCGGCGCAGGACAGGACUACGCUGGUGGCCCUGAGCUUCCCAUCGCGAGUUACGACAAGGAUCUGCUCUCCAUGCCCCAGCUCGGGGCGGAGCCCGUCGACCUGUCCACGGUGCUGGAGGGCAGGGCCAGAGAAUGUCUCGUUAACUUCGAAGAGGAGAUCUUGCACGGUCCCGACGAUUGGGGCCAUAUUACUGAGUGUGAGGAGCAUGUCAAGCCGUACAUGGAUCCAGUGCUUAAGACCGACGCUGACGCUUACUUCGACUUCGUGAUGAGGGGUCACAGGAUGCGUGAGAGCCCCUACGUUCGGCUGGGAGGGCCGGCUGAUGUGGCUCGGCUGCUGCACUCGCGCGGUGACGGGGACCCGCACGUGGCCCUCGGCGACGUGAAGGUCUGCGACUUCUUCAGGCUGGUAUUCACAAUGUCGAAGGUGUUCCUGUUCUCCCAGGUUCGUUCAGAAUGCGAGUGGGAGGAGAGGUGGCGGUUCAAGUGGGAUGUGUACGAUCGGGUUGCGCCCAGGGACAACAACUUCUCAUCGCUGGACUGGGGGGACAUCGAAAGCGUCAAGCCUUGUCGUGACAGGUCGUCGCUCUGGUCGCUGGACAAGUCGUUCAGAGAGGUCCCGAAGGAGAACCUAGUGGGCCCCACCUGGACCAAGGUCGUUCGGAGUUUUUGGAAGGACGAGGAGCCGAUAUUCUGUCUGGAGGCCCGCGCGGGUCUGCUGGCGGUGCGUCAUAAGUUACGGGCGGUCUCAAGUUUCGGUAAGACUCAUCUACACCUCGGGGACUCCAUGACCGCCAUCCUGGCUUUCGAGAAGGGUCGGGCCAAACAUCGAGGUCUUCUGGGUGCCUGCCGUCGCCUUUUGGCUCUGAGCGUGGCCUCCAACACCAGGCACCAUUUCAGGUGGGUGCCGUCGGAGCUGAACCCGAGUGACCCUGAUUCACGCUACUUCGAGCUUCCAGCGGACCCGCUGGACACGGUGCUGGCCGAGAAGACGCGUCGGUCGGCUCGACGCCUGGUGCUCAAGCGUCAGAGGGCGCUGAAGCGGGCCCGUGCCAUAGGGGGCGUGAUUCCAGCCCUGAAGGCUCUGAAGGGCGAGCGCACAGUGCUGGAGAGCUCUCACCCGUCGACUCCCGUCAGGAGGGACUACUGUCGGCGGCUCGACAAGUUCUGGGAGUUCGGGCGAAGCCAAGGCCUCUCCUUGGCCAACCUGAAAGUCUGCGACGACGCGCUGUGCGACUUUGCCGACCUGCUGUUCCUGGACGGCGAGCAGGUCGACGCGGGGACCAAGCUCCUGGCCGCUCUGGAGGACCACGACGCGCAGCGGCUCGGCAAGCCCAGCCUUCCUCGGUUUCGGCGAGUUCUUCGAGCUUGGCAUCGGAAGGGGCCUGUGGGCAGCAGGGACCCUUUACCGUUCCGCCUCUUGGCGGGCAUCCUGGGCAUCCUGUCGCUCCACGGCUUUCACGAGGAGGUGCUGGCGCUGGCCCUCAUGUUCUGCUGCUACCUGCGCCCGUCCGAGCUCCUGACGGUGGUCGAAGGCGACCUCCUCGAGCCGGUGGCCAACGCGGGCGUGGCCCUCGCGUGCUGGAGUCUGCUCCUGCGGCCGUUCGAGAGGGAGGAGCCGACCAAGGUCGGCCAGUUCGACGACACGCUCCCGCUCGACAGCCCCGACUUCCCCGGCUUGGGGGCCCUCCUUGCUGGCUUGCGCGGAGGGGACGCGGAGGUCUGGCUCUUCAGUUUCAGCCAGACGCAGCUGCUGCGCCGCUUUCAGGCGGCUUGUCGCGCGGCGGGCCUGGGCUCGCUGAACCUCGAGAUGCACCAGCUGCGCCACGGAGGGGCGUCGAGGGACUUCCUGAUGAAGACGAGGGAGAUCCAGGCGGUCAAGCAGCGGGGGCGCUGGGCGAACGAUCGCACCUUGCUCCGCUACAUGAAGGCGGGCAGGGCGCAAAGGCUUCACAAGGCCCUGACGCCCGAGGCCAGCCGCUGGUGCCAGGAGGCGGAGGCCAACCUUUCGCUCGUCCUUCGCGGCGAGUG